AUGGAGCCCAUCAGUUGCACACACGACAAGUUUGACUUUACUCGAACAAAGAAGCCCUUGAAGCGCAUUAUCCGAAUAAAACAAAAGACGAAACGUAAAACCACCAUACCAGAAUCACAAGUCGAGAGCAUGUCCACUCAAGACAUUGAUGUCAGCAACCUUCCUUCAGUACUUGGCGAAUACACGAUAUACAUCCACCACUCCACCAAUCGCUUUAGUUUAAGAGUGAUUGCUGAAGGCCUUGGUGCCGCUGUUGUUACCGAAAUGACAGGUGCUACUACGCACCUUGUCAUUGAGCCGAAAGGCGACCCAAAGGCUAUGAAAGUGGUAAAACAAGCCCUCGCCAAUGGCAUCAUAUGCUCCUCGCCGCAAUGGUUGAUGGAAUGCUACGAAAAGAAAAUGUACUUUUCAGCCGUUCAUUUUCCUUAUGCCAUGCAGAAGGACACGCAUGUAUUGGGCUCAAAUCCAGCGGAAAUGACACCCGUCUCAAACCCAUUCGAUAACGAGUACAUUGACUUUGAUGCCGAGGAGAGCAGAAAAGCCAAUGGAGGUCAGACCAAUUUGGACCAAUUCAUCACAAGAGGACGCCAACAAGAUAGCGACGGAGUGGUAGGAGAGGACGGUGCUGCGGCAGGAGGAAUAUCGACACCUUUGGAUAGCUAUCAGCAAUUUGACGGCGAAAUCUCUAUGCCUUCUACCAGUCAAACGUGCAAUACACAAGGCGGCAUCCUUGAGGAAGACGAAGAAAUGAGAAGAGAAUUUUACUACAAUAGCAAUGAUAGAUCUGUUGCGUCCCGGCCAUCUUCAGUCGAGACGACAGUACAGGAAACAGAGGAGGAGAAGAGACAAGCCGAGGAGAAGGCGUUGCAGGCGCAACAAGCAAUUCAGCAAAGACUGUCUACAAUGGAAAGGGAGCCUCAGCGAUCAAAAAAGACGUUGCAGAGUGGGUUUGGAGAGCGAUUGCGUAUCUGGUAUGGAGAACAUGCCAUUCGCUCAGAGGAAGCUCGAAAGAGAAAGGCAGUGCAAAGUGUACUAGGUGGCAGUAGUGGUAGUACUCCAGCUGGCCAGCAACAACAACAACAGCAGCAGCAGCAGCAGCGAUUGAGACCGUCUUCUGUAGCUGCUACAGUAUCUCAUGCUUCCACAUCUGCUUCAACAUCUACCACGCGUCGCCAACCUGCAGCAUCCACAAGACGUCGCCAACCUGUACAGCAUCAUCAAUUGAAAAGACCAAGAGUUUAG